AUGGUCUGGUAUUCCAUUCUUCCCCCGCAGCUCAUCUACCUGGAGAGCUGGGCCGCACGGAUCUUUUUUGUCCUCGGCGUCAUCACCAUUGUCCCCUGGGCUGCCCUCCUCAUCUUCGAUGCUGUCCUCUACCUCUACCGCAUGGUUCUCUGGGAGCUUCCCUGGAUUGGCGGUCGUGCCCGUGGCGAGCAGCGCCCGCGCGCCCCAAGUUUGAACGAGCGCCCCGGCGGACAGCGACGCGCUUUUGGGCUGCGCGGGGUCGAGACGGAUGCGAUCGAGGGGGGUGCUGACACCGUCGGCGAGGAAUCUGCAGACGGACCUCGUGAAAGGGACUGGGAUGGGUCCAAGGACAAGGAGAAUGUAGCUCCGUUUUCUGCGGGAUGGAACCCGCCUUUGAGCGGGGAGGCGCAUCUGAAAAGCAGAGUCUCGGGGCGGAUAUGA